ACAUGAGAUCGCCAUCUGAGCUGAACUUGCUGUCGUUUGUUUCUCGGUUGAAUAUUUCCCAGUCUCGUCGCCUUCCUAACAUCCUCUCGAAGCUUCCAAGGCUUUCAGACUUUUCAUCUGUUGGUUCUGAGCGACCACACUCCUCGCGGGGCUCCCAGUUGCGCAGCCGUUCGACGUUGGAUUCAUUGCAUAUCCACUGCGAGAUUGAUCUUCUCGAACUUUCCGUGCUCACUUCAGAUUUACAGUUAUUUCACAUCUUUGUGCAUUCAUUCGGCGUCUCUCUGAGUGUUCGGUGAGGUCAUAGGUCUUGCAGCAGCUUAGCUCGCGCGGUGAAGGGGAUAAGAAAGUCCUGUUUCAGUUGACUUUUGCACUGAUACGUAAAACCUUUGAAUUCACAACAAUAUUCCUUGAGAAUCGAGGCAGGAAUACAGUUGCUUGAGUUGCAUAGAGGGACUUGCUUGUGCAUUUCGGCCGAUUGAAGUGAAACUUCUUUUUUCCAUAGCGGAGUUAGUUUCCAUUUCUUCGGCCCAACACCUGUAGGUAGAUCGUCAUUCCAUUUCGCCAAAGGUCCGAAUUCGACCACUCAGCUCGUGCUAUACUAUUCUCGGGUGUGAAUACCGAGUGAUCGAGUGACACUCGUUGCUGUUGCGAAGUGGUUGACCAACAGAAAAGGGAUCCGAAUCAUGUCAUUAGACUCCAAUCGCUUACGCCACACUCGGUCUGAAGAAGUGCCAGUCAAGGUUGCUUCGGCAAAUCGACUCGACGCGGUCCUGCCCCAGAGACAGCAGCGGACAGUCGCAAGCGAUCAGCUUGUGUUGGGCAACAAUGUUUUGCUCCCUUCCCGCUAUAGAGAUGGCGUGAGUGCCUCUUUAAGGCGCAUUCCGCCUGCGCCACCUUCCGUCCGGGAGAGGCAGGUUGAGAAUAUCGUUGCAUCCUUUCUUGGCUCCCUUGAACGUCCUCUACCCGAAAAACGGCCUCUAUACCAUGUUGUGCAUCUCGCCACCGAAAUAGCCCCCGUAGCGAAGGUGGGAGGUUUAGCAGAUGUGGUGACUGGACUUGGCAAGGCGCUUCAGGAGAAGCACCACCGGGUGGAGAUUAUUAUCCCAAAAUACAAGACCCUGGAUACGUCUCUUAUCAAGAAUUUUAAGAAAUUGGAGAAGCAUUUCUUCUCUUACUUUGACGGAGCGGAGCACGAGAAUGUGGUGUGGACGGGUUUUGUGGAAGGUCUGAGGGUGUACUUCAUCGACCCACUGCAUCCAGCGGGAUUCUUCAACCGCGGCAGAAUCUACUGUGAGCCGGACGACUUCAAGCGCUUCACAUACUUCUCUCGGGCAUCUCUCGAGUUUUUGUUGCAAUUCGGGAAGCGCCCCCAUCUCAUCCAUUGUCAUGACUGGCCAGUGGCCGUAGUGGCGCCUAUGUACAAGUUCAUUUAUGCUAACGCUGGUCUUAGGGCUAAAAUUGCGUUGACUUGCCACAAUUUUGAGCCACAAGGUAAGGAGUCGAUGGAGGCGCUGAUGUCCUGUGGUAUUCAGUUCAAAGCCCCUUUACACAAGGAUCAUUUCCAAGACAACAUUUUGGCUGAUAAGAUCAACGUUCUCAAGAGUGGACUUCUGCAUUCGGACUUCAUCACAACAGUAUCACCUACUCAUGCUAGAGAGGUCCUCACCCCGGAGGGAGGUGAAGGCUUGCACACAACUCUCAGGUCUUUGACCAAGAAAUUUUAUGGCAUCGUCAACGGAAUCGACGAUAAGGUGUGGGAUCCUGCGACUGAUUCCCAUCUGGAGCAUCAUUUCACUGCAGACGAUUUGAAGGGAAAAGAGUUGCUGAAGAACAAGCUCCGGCUUCGUCUGGGCAUGGCAAUUCAAGGAAUUGAUGCGAGGAGGCCUCUUGUGUGCUGUGUGUCGAGAUUAGUACCCCAGAAGGGUGUCUUUCUGCUUCGUUCGGCGAUCUUUCACACCCUUAACCGUGGUGGUCAAUUUAUUUUGCAAGGGACCAGUCAGAUUCCUGAGAUCAAGAAAGAGUUUGACGAGCUCGCUCAGCAGUUUGAGGAUCAUCCUCACGUCCGACUUAUAUUGAGAUGUGAUGAGACACUUACGCACAACAUUUUCGCUGCAGCCGACAUCUUUGUGAUACCAUCCAUGUUUGAGCCCUGUGGUCUGACUCAGAUGUACUCCAUGAGAUACGGAACCAUUCCUGUUGUUCGAAAGACUGGAGGGCUAGCUGACAGUGUGUUCGACGUGGACCAAAAGUAUGUGGCUGAGGAGAAGCGCAACGGUUUUACAUUCAAUGAACCAACGGAGGAAGCGUUGGCGAGUACUUUGGAUCGGGCAUUUUGGUACUUCAAAGAACAGCCACAGUGGUGGAAAAGCCUUAUCCAGAAGGUGAUGCGCAUAGAUUUGAGUUGGGAUGCCGCUCCAAUCGAUCAGUAUCUCAAGCUGUAUGAGCAUACUGUCGAAGAUGGGCAUCCUCCUGCUUCCAUCUCUUGAGAUCACAUUCGGUCAAGUGCAAUUUCGGAGUGUUGGUCUGCAUCUACAUGCAAUUUUUUCUCGUCGUGGCUGACCACGUGUUGAACUUUCGGUUUGGACUGUACGCAGCAGAGCAGAGUAGCUUAUUGUUAAUCACAGGUGCUAGUCCCUACAGAAUAUGUUGAAAAAUUAGAAAAGAAUAUCGAAAUAAGCGCACUGCUUCUUUGUAAAAUAGAUCAUUUAAUAUCACAACUAUAUUAUUUGUACAGUACUAACCAAUUCUGGUGCAUUCUGAAAUAUACUGUUUAUUGUGGCGA